AACAAAACAAAAGUUUACUUUCCUCGCCUUUGAGAAUUGAGACACAAAGCUUUCUAUCUUUCGUGUUUGAUUGAGUGCACUUUUCGGCUGCAUUUUUGGAACUCAUCCACACCUCCUUUUGAAAUGGGAAGAGCACCUUGUUGUGACAACAAAAGUGGACUCAAAAAAGGUCCAUGGACACCUGAAGAAGAUAACUUGCUCAUCAACUAUAUUCAAACUCAUGGACCUGGAAAUUGGCGAAAUCUCCCAAAAAAUGCUGGUCUGCAAAGAUGUGGCAAGAGCUGUCGCCUUCGAUGGACAAAUUACCUGAGGCCUGAUAUCAGAAGAGGAAGAUUUUCCUUUGAAGAAGAAGAGACCAUCAUUCAGCUACACAGUGUCUUAGGGAACAAGUGGUCUGCUAUAGCGGCUCGAUUGCCAGGAAGAACAGACAAUGAAAUCAAGAACUACUGGAACACCCACAUCAGAAAGAGACUACUCCGAAUGGGAAUUGAUCCUGUAACUCACGCUCCACGCCUGGAUCUUCUUGACAUGUCCAAUGUUCUCAGAACAGCAUUAACUAACCCAGCGUUUCUGAACCUUCAAGGCUUGUUUGGUGCUCAAUCGUUGGUGAACCCUGAAUUGUUAAAGCUAGCAGCUACUGCCACUUUGUUAUCUUUAAAGAAUGACAACACAGGCUUGAUUUCACAAAAUCCACAACAAAUCAAUGGUAUCAUGAAUUGUCAUCAGGUGCAGAACCAAGUUGUCCCACCAGAGUUUACAACGAGCCAGCUCCAAACACCGAUUCAAAGCAACAACAUGGCGAUGAACAUGAGCAGUUCAAGUUCUCCGGAGAAUUCAAAUUCGAUUAACCCUUCGUAUUUUGGUGACGGUUUGGUACCUCAACAAUACCAAGUUGAUAAUUUGCAACAGAACCUGGAAUCUGUGUAUCAAAACAUGAUGGGAUAUGGCUCAGUUCUGUCAACGCCUUUAUCUACCCCAGGAACCACGACGCUAAAUUCACCGGCCAACUUUGCGAAUAGCAGCGCAGAGGAAGAGAGGGACACUUAUUGCAGCGACAUGUUCAAAUUCGAGAUUCCUGAGAGUCUAGACAUUAGUGACUUCUUGUAAAUAUGUCUCUAUGUAUGGAUUGUGUGAUGGCGUUUGUAAACUACUGCUAGUUAGUUUGCAUUUUUUAUUGUUUAUUUUAGGCUACAGGGGGAUUUGUUGUUGGGUUGUUUCUUAGUUUUAUCAUUCAUUUUUGCUUUCCCGUUGUCAAUAAUAUUGUUGAUAAUACAAGUACUCUUUGUAUUUUAUUCUUUUGUACUUUCAUCUGAAUGUUUUCUCA